UCUGCUUUUCAACUUACGUGUCACAGUGAGCUCAGGUUGUGUCAUCGCCCCCACUAUGAUGAUGUUUGGUGUUGAUCUCAACAUGAGUCCUCGGCAAGAUGAUGAUUGGGAACUUGAAGAACCAGAAGAACAAGAAGAACCAGAUUUAAAUUGGCUUCCUCAAGAAGAACAAGAACAAGAUAUGAAUUGGACUCCUCAAGAAGAACUAGAUUUACAUUUCAUUCCUCAAGAACAAGUACCAGAUCUGAAUUGGAAUCCUCAAGAAGAACAAGUACCAGAUCUGAAUUGGCUUCCUCAAGAAGAACAAGAUAUGAAUUGGACUCCUCAAGAAGAACAAGAAGAACCAGAUUUACAUUUCAUUCCUCAAGAACAAGUAUCAGAUCUGAAUUGGAAUCCUCAAGAAGAACAAGUGCCAGAUCUGAAUUUGUUUCCUCAAGAAGAACAAGAUAUGAAUUGGACUCCUCAAGAAGAACAAGAAGAACCAGAUUUACAUUUCAUUCCUCAAGAACAAGUAUCAGAUCUGAAUUGGAAUCCUCAAGAAGAACAAGUGCCAGAUCUGAAUUUGUUUCCUCAAGAAGAAGAAGUACAACUUGAAGGUGCUCAGCAUCCAAAAAGCAGAGAACUGACAAAUAAGGAGAGAUUUGGUGUUUAUUUUGCUCUCAAAGUAAUCAAGAACAAAGAUGGACAAGUAGUGAAAACAGACAAGAAGCUCGUUGCCGACGUACUGAAAACAAGCCUAAGCACUGUUAGCAGAAUAUGAAGAGCAAAUCGCCAAAUUGCACGAGGGGAGGAAGUUGAUGUCUCGAACCAAAAGAAAAGAAGAGUCGGCCGUAAGCCGAAAGAUCUGGACCUGUCGAGGAUGGCGACAAUCCCACUGAAUAGGCGGAGGACAUUUCGAAGUCUAGCAAGGUCUCUGGGUGUAAGCUGCACGACCUUACACGCAAGGUUCGUGUUGGGUGAGUUGAGGCGCAACACUAACAAACUGAGGCCCACGAUAAAGCCAGCCAACGAGAUAGAGAGAUUGAGAUUUUGCAUUUCUAUGGCUGAUGAGAAUUGGCUGAGAACUCCUUGGCCUCUUUUCCGGGAAUUAGACGACAUAGUUUAUAUGGAUGAGAAAUGGUUCAAUCUGACACAGGAGGAGAACGGCUACUUGCUGCUUCCCGAAGAACCUGAUCCCUUACGCACCUUGCAUCAUAAGGAUAGCAUCGCGAAGGUGAUGUUUCUUGCGGCCGUGGCUAAACCAAGAUAUGGCAAUGUUGGUGUCGUCACGUUUGAUGGAAAGAUAGGCAUUUGGGCCUUUGUCACAGAGUCUCCGGCUCAAAGAAGGAGUGAAAAUAGAGAAAGAGGGACACUUGAACUCAAAUCAUUGAAAGUUACAAGAGAUGUAAUGAGGCUCUAUAUGUGUGAGAAACUGAUUCCAGCUAUCCAUGACCUGUGGCCCGAUGAAGAUGAAGAACGGACCAUCUUUAUCCAGCAAGAUAAUGCUACACCGCAUCUUAAGCCUAGUGACGAGGUUUUUCGACGGGCCGUAGAACAGACCGGUCUGGAUAUCAAGUUGAUCCAGCAACCUCCAAAUAGCCCCGACCUGAAUAUUCUUGAUCUUUGCUUCUUCAGGUCUCUCCAGUCGCAUACCGAUUGCAGAGCACCUCAAAGCAUAAGGGAAUUGAUAGAAGGCGUGGAGGAAGAAUAUCAAAACUAUGAUGUCAACACGUUAGCUCGAAGCUUCGUGACACUGCAAUCAUGCAUGAGAGAGAUUAUGAGAGAAAAAGGAGGGAUAGGCUACAAGAUUCCUCACAUGCAAAAAGAGCGCCGGCAGCAAGAAGGAAGGCUUCCUAUCGCUCUCUCUUUAAACGUUGAGCUAGUUGAGCAAACCUUAGCACUUAUAGCAGCAGCAGACCUCGAGGCAGCAGCAGCAGCAGCAGCACCUUUGAAGCAGAGAAAGAGAAAGAGGAGCAGCAGCACCUUCCAAGCAGAGAAAGGGAAAGAAGACCAGCAACAUCCUCCAAGCAGCAGUACUCUACAAGCAGUAGCAGCACCACCACCACCUUCGAAGCAGAGAAAGAGAAAGAAGAGCAGCAGCGCCCUCCAAGCAAAGAAAGGAAAAGAAGCAGAGAAAGGGAAAGGAGCAAUUCCGUGCGUCCCUGCAAAGGUUGUGUUCAGCAGGAUAAUGGAAGCAGUUUGCAGGCCAGUAAUGUGUUAAAUUUCACAUUGUGUG